UUUCACUUGCCAGUCAUUGGAUUAAGAAAACGCAAAACAGACGAUUCCAGGAUGGGCUCAUGGACGCCAGCCAUCUGCAAUGCCAGUCAAGUGAUUUUUGCUCCUCAAAUUGUGAUGCCUAUAAAUGUGGCUUCAUUCGAUGCUAUCUUAGGGGGUUGAAUUGAUUUUGGUUUUAGCCCAAAAAUGGCGUCAAGCAUAAACUGUUCAUCAAUAUACGAAUACAGUUUCCAUUGGUGGAAUGAAAUUUGUAAAACAUUGAAAAGAGCCCAUGUAUUUAUCGAUGAUCAAGCUGUGGAGUCUUUGCAUUGGAACGGAGGAUGGGCACGGUUACACAAGGCAGGAGUUGCUUGUGUUUCAGAAUUCUCUCCUACAAAUGUAGGUCUUGAACAUGAAAAGAAAGGUGUUUUUAUUAUCAGUGGACCUGCAUUCAAUCGAAAAGAAGAAAUUUUGAAAGAAAUUCUCUUAAAGAGUCACUUUGAAUUCUGUCAAGUGAUUACAAGUGCUUACGUAUUGGCUCAGUCUUGCGCCAAAUUAGACCAUCUGGGUGAAACAAGUAAUGUUGGAAAAAAAUUGGAAGAAGAUUGUCUUACAUGGAUGGGAAACACAAAUUAUACUUGCGAAGUCCUUCAUAUUCCAUUCCAUACGCUGCCACUAACACACGACUUUUUUAUGCUUCCUUCAUUCUCAGACAUAUUCCCAAUCUUCAACUACACUAGUGCCGACGGAAAGAGAAUUGGUCCCCAAGGACCAUCCUCAAUCAGUGAUUAUCAUGCAAGUAAUAACUACCAAAGCAAUGUUGAAUGGAGUUUGGAUCACCUACCUUGCGACCUCCAAUUUAAAGCCAUGGAAUUUGUUCAAGCUCUUGACUCAAUUCUCCAAACCUUGGAUGUGAAAGAAGACAUAUUUACCAUAGGGAGGUUUAGUAAAGUUGUAGGCGAACAACUGGAAUCUCUGACGAGUGGUAAACUUCGUCGAAAAGGCACUACUCGUAAAGUUUCCAUCAUACUUGUCGAUCGCACCUUGGACAUGGUCACUCCUUGUGAUUGCCAUUUUCAAGUCGCUUUAGACGAAAUCCGAGCGUCUUUGCCUCAGUUUCCCGGACACGAAGUGGAUGUUCAAGUCGAUAUGAAAGAUACUGGGUACAUGUUUGGUAACUGUGUGGGGGGAUGCUUGUUUGACUUAAAAUUGAAUGAGAGACAAAAUCAUUCCCUGAACGAUUUGAUAGUGAAAGACAUGUUAUCAUGUCAAAAGUCAACACGGGAGGCUCUCAAAUCAGUUUUGAACAAUUCCGAUGACGAUGACGACUUCAAUUCGCAAGAUGCACUGAGCAAGUUUGCCGAAGACCCCGUUGAAAUUGAAAAGCAUUUGCAUUUAGUGCAGAGAGCUCAAGCCAUGACUAAUGCCAAUUGUGAGAAAAUUAUAAAGCGAUUUGAGGUGCUCAGAGAAAUUCAAGCAAAGUUCAAAAAGAGCAUGUCCAACCGUCAAGAACUCUUGGAUAAUUUGCCAUUCCUGACAAAGAUGAUACGCCUUCGGCGUACCUCUGGAAUAUCUCUUGAUGACAUUCUGCUACUAACUACUUUUCUAUAUGCUCUUCUUCCCUCGGAUGUUAGCUUUUUCGAAGAGGAUGAGGAUAGACUUCAGUCUGCUUUAUCUGAGGCAUUAAUAAGUGACCAAAAUCAUCUCAGUGAUAUACUGGCCACUAUUUUCGCUGGUCAGAAACUCAAUGAAGUAUUGGCAUACCAGGUGGUAAAAAAUAUUUUUGUUAAAUUGAAAGCACUCUCAAAGGUAAAAGAUGGCCAAAAUCAUACGCUUAAGGUGCAAUCUCAAGAAAACCUUUCCGAAAGUUCCCAAACCUCGUAUCUGGAAAAACUAGCCCUAAAUUUGUUUUCAGAGGACCGUCGUAAUAUUCCAGACCUGCAACACAUAACAGGAGGACUCGGUAGUAUGUUGAAAAGCGGUAUCAGUUUGUUGGGAGUAAAAAUCAACACAAUACAUCCUAGAGAGAACCCCACAAUCAUUAUCUUUGUCAUUGGUGGGAUUACGGCCUCAGAAGUGAGACAAAUUCAACAAAUAGCCGCGGCGAGAUCCAAAGCCAAAUUGUGGAUUGGGUCGACCAAAAUGGCUGGUCCUUGGGACUCUCUACGUUCAUUGUUCAUUCAAGAUAAACUCUAAAGCUAUAUAUCAGCUGUUUAUGUAUAUAAGACUUCUUUGAUAUGAGCAAUGCUUCAAUAUACGAAUAUUCAGACAAAUGAA